UGUUUGCGAUCCCGAGAUUAUGAACAAGAGUAGAGUGGGGGAAGAACAUGCCUAAAGCAUCAACAGCACAUCAUGACCAUCCAUUUCCCACAUCAUCAUCAUCCAUCACCGCUUCACCCCACAUCCUCUCUCUGACUUGCUUCUUCACUCCCUCCCUCCCUCUCGAGUCUUAGUCUACUCAGCUCACUUCUCCCCACCACUGUACGGGUCUCCGCCUCCGCCGCGGCCGUCGCUAUCGCCUCGGCCGGAGGGAGGCAAAACAAUGGCGAUUCACCGAAUUACUCCCGCCAUCGCCGUUCUCAUCUAUUUCCUUCUCCUUGCACUGCCGUCGACCACUCCCAUUGUGGCCGUCUCCUCCCUCAACGUCACCGCCGUCCUCUCCGCCUACCCCGAACUCUCCGCCUUCACGGCCCUCGUCUCCGGCACCACCAUUCCGUCGGAUCUGGCUUCCCGGACCUCCCUCACCAUUCUCGCAGUCCCAAACUCUUAUCUCUCCGCGUCCGUGGACGUCACGCGCCACCUCUCCCCCACCUCCCUCGCCGACCUCCUCCGCUAUCACAUCGUCCUCCAGUACAUCUCCCCCUCCGACCUCUUCAAGAUCCCUCCCUCCGGGUCCCUCCUCACCACGCUCUUCCAGACCACCGGCCGCGCCACCAGCAACUUCGGCAGCGUGAACAUCACGCGCAACCCCUCCACCGACCUCAUCUCCGUCCGCUCCCCGGCCCCCUUCACCCCCUCCAACGCCACCGUCCUCGCCCUCAUCAAGACCGUCCCUUACAACCUCAGCAUCUUCUCCGUGAACUCCCUCCUCGUUCCCUAUGGGUCGGAUCUGACCGCCUCGGAGACCCGACCCACAUUGGACCUCAACAUCACCAAGGCCCUCAUCGACGGCCACAACUUCAAUGUCGCCGCCUCGAUGCUCGCCGCCUCGGGGGUUGUCGAGGAGUUCGAGGCCGACGAGGGCGGGGCCGGGAUCACCCUCUUCGUCCCCACUGACAUGGCCUUCGCUGAGCUGCCCUCCUCCGACAGCCUCCAGUCCCUGCCGGCCGUCAAGAAGUCGGUGGUCCUAAAGUACCACGUCUUGCAUUCCUACUACCCGCUGGGCUCCCUGGAGUCAAUGGUCAACCCCCUGCAGCCCACACUGGCUACAGAAGACAUGGGCGCGGGGAGCUUCACUCUCAACAUCUCCCGGGUCAAUGGGUCCCUUGCGAUUGACACCGGGAUCGUCCUCGCAUCUGUCACUCAGACCGUCUUCGACGAGAACCCCGUGGCGAUCUUCGGGAUCUCCAAGGUUCUGCUGCCAAGAGAAUUCUUUGGUAAGAACCCUAGUGACAACACGAGUUCAGGCCGGGCUGUGAUGAGCACAGCAGCGCCCCCGGAUGCCCUGUCACCGGAUAGCUACCCUGAGGACGGUGGGCCGCCGUCCCGCCUGACUUCGCCGCCAGGGUCGAGCACGGGAGCUGCUGAUAACAUCGUGCAGAGACUGAUCCUGGGCUGGUCCUGUAUAGUAGUGUACUUACUGGUCUGAAUUGAGAGGUUUCAAGUGUUUCUUCUUCUUCUUGCCUAAAAUUUUUUAGCUUCAAUUUAUUUUGCUGUGCUCGUUGAUUUUUGGGUUUUCAUUCUUUGUCUUCUUCAUCUUCUUUCUUACACCAUGGAUUCGAUUCUUGGCAAGAAAAGGGCUGCCGAAAUUCCUUCUUUUUUUUUUUGAAGCUUUUCUGUUUACUUUCUUUUUGGGGGAAGCUUAGAAUUGUGUCAAUUGCUAGAAUAAUGAGCUGCCAAUUUUUGAUUCCGAAUGUAAAUCAUUCUAAUUAAUGUAAAUUUCUUCACAAUGUUAUCAAUCACCACUGUUCCCGAUC